GUUUAUUUACCGGACAACUCCGCAUGACUUCUCUAAAAACGUAACGUUUUAUAGCGAGAUAAAUAACAUACCAAACAAAUUGUAUGUUUCGUUGAUAAAAACGCUAAAAUCCGACAUGGCCCUACUGAAAGUAUGGACGUCGACGAGAGUUUUAAACAGAUGUCUACAAGAGGUGGUUGCCCAGAGGCAUUUCCUUCCUGCAUCAACUUUACACACAGCGACCACCCAGCACAACUCCAACAAGACAUCAAUUGUACGAUGCAGUCGACAGAAGUAUGAAAGAUUGUAUCCUGUAUUGCUCAUACAACCCGAUGGUUCCACAAUUAACAUUAGGUACAAGGAGCCCAAGAGGAUACUCAUGAUGCCUGUGGACAUAAAUACACUCUCAGAGGAAGAAAGGAAAAUCAUGAUGCGGAAGCGGGAUCCCAAGAAGGGAGCUAUUAAGCAGAGGACGGUGGAAUUCGAGGUUGAUUUCAAAGCUGAUGAUUACAUCAAGUUUUGGAAGAAGAAGUGAUAGAGCCUGUUGUUGUAGCUAUUUAACUUUACUGUUCUGCCAUGAAUGUAUAUAUACCAAAAAAAUGCAUAUCAUAUUAUUUGUAGAUGUACAUCAUCUUUAUCCCAUAUUGGUAAUACAUUUGAUCUGAAUGAUAACUUGUAGUUUUAUUCACUACAGAAAUAAUUUUGUGACCAUAUAAGGACAUGCAUAAUAGUCAGUAUGUUUGAUCGCUGUUGAACAGAGCAUACAGCACACACAUACAGUGAGGGAAAAAAGUAUUUGAUCCCCUGCUGAUUUUGUACGUUUGCCCACUGACAAAGAC